UUACACGCAAAGUUACACGCCGACGUAUCCGAGCAGAGUCGACUAGGCGUUAUAAUUGAAGUACCGUUUCUGCAGCAAGCCGAGUCGCUCUGGGUGCAAGCUGUGCAAGAAGAGAUGUUUCACGAAGAGAUUGAAGCACUCCGUAACGGCCAGCAUCUUCCGACGAACAGCAGACUAGAUCAUCGUACUAAAUUCACGUUCACCGACGAAAAAAUACGUGUCGCAUCGAGAAUAGCCGCUGCGAACGACAUAACGCUAGAACAGAGAGAACCGGCAGUUUUAGACGGCAAUCACCGAUAUACGAAGCUGUAUCUAGCAUGGAUACAUGAACAAUUAGCACACGCGGGGAUCGAAACCACAGUUAAUGAAGCCCGCCAGCACUAUUACAUAGUGAGAUUACGUCCGAUUACACGCACUAUCGUGAAACAGUGUCAGCAAUGCCGCCUAAGAAGAGCUAUACCGACCGAACCUCCGACUGGUAACCAUCCGAGGAGCCGACUUGCUCAUCAUCAACGGCCGUUUACAUUCACAGGGGUCGAUUAUUUCGGCCCACUCUCAGUAACCGUAGGCCGUCAUCAUGAAAAAAGAUAUGUAGCUCUCUUUACAUGUCUCACUACGCGCGCCGUGCACUUAGAAUUGGCAGCUGACCUAACCGCAGACGCAGCAAUUAUGGCUCUGAGGCGUAUGAUCGCACGCCGCGGAGCGCCUACCGAAAUAUACUCCGACAACGGGACGAACUUUCACGGUGCCGACCGGGAGCUCCGUGAAGCCGUCAAGAACGAAGCUACGAAGCGAUCAAUCACUUGGAGGUAUAUACCACCAGGUGCACCGUUCAUGGGGGGUGCAUGGGAACGCCUUGUGCGCUCAGUGAAGAACGCCCUCUACCGUAUACUACACGAACAGCACCCGCGCGAAGAUGUGUUGCGAACAUUACUAUGUGAAGCCGAGUACAUAGUUAACAGCCGUCCGCUAACUCAUGUUUCUACGUCACCUGAAGACGAUGAAGCUCUUACCCCGAACCAUUUUUUAAUCGGUGGUUCAGGCCGAGUACAGACACCGGGAACAUUUACCAAAUCCGACACCGUGAGCAAGCAACAGUGGCGCCGCGCUCAACUACUCGCAGAUCAGUUCUGGGCAAGAUGGUUACGUGAAUACCUACCAGAACUCCAACACCGGCGGGAGCCCCAUGGCCGGGGAGCUCCUUUGAAAGUAGACGACUUAGUAUUAGUCGUCGACCCCAACUUACCUCGCAAUACUUGGCCCCGAGGGAAAGUCAUCGCAACGUAUCCGGGACGAGACGGAAUCGUCCGCACCGCAGACAUCAUGACACAAGGAGGUGUCAUGCGCAGACCUACGAAGAGGCUCGUCAUCCUACCUACCGAAAAGGGGGUGACAGAACAGUAGUCAGUCGUCGUGUUAGCGAUUUGGAUGCAGCGACGACACGAGUGCGCCGCUGCACGGCGGGAGUAUGUUCACGACGACUACGAAAUCUUCCUACAGAACCC